UUAUUUCAAUAUUUUUGAUAAAACUGCUCAUAACCUCAAAUUACUCGAGUCAAAAUUGGUGAAAAACAAUGGGGUUGAGCAAGUUUAUUUCCUUCCACUUAGUAGGAAAACACAUAAAACCGCUCUUACACCGGCCAUUUAGUAAAACUACCAAAAAACCUCCCUGGAAAGUAUUAUUUUUCGGUGCCGACGAUUUUUCGCUCUUUAGUUUAAAAAAGUUAAAUGAAGAAUACAGAAAAAAAGCAUUAUUAAGCCGACUUGAAGUUGUAACGACUGUAAAAGGCAAAGCAAAUGCAGUAAAAUUAUACGCAGACAAGGAAAAUCUGCAGUUACAUAAGUGGCCCCCUUGUAUUGGUUUUGGGGAGUUUGAUGUCGGCAUUGUUGUGUCAUUUGGGCAUUUAAUACCAAAGGCUAUUAUCGACCAAUUUCCUUUAGGAAUGUUGAACGUCCACGCAAGUAUUCUGCCACGCUGGAGGGGCGCAGCCCCAAUCAUUUACGCUCUAGCAAACGGCGAUACCGAAACUGGAGUCACUAUAAUGACAAUAAGUCCAGAAAAAUUCGAUAUUGGGAAAAUAGUGCUUCAAGAAUCUGUGCCAAUUCACCCCGAAAUGACACAAAGUAAACUGUUUGCCACUUUAGGGAAGCUGGGAGCUGCACAAUUAAUUAAAACUCUAGCGGAUUUAUCUUCCAAUUUAAACAACGCAAAACCGCAGCCCACAGAAGGAAUUACCUAUGCCCCAAAAGUGAAGCCCACUUUUGCUUCCAUUAAGUGGGAUCAAAUGACGGCUGAGCAAAUCUAUAAUUUGGGAAGGGCCCUGGAAGGUAUUUUUCCGAUACAAACGACGUGGAAAGGGAUGCCAGUUAAAUUAAUCGGUAUAAAAAAGGGCGAUUAUUUAAACAGUGAUAAAAGCAUAAAACCGGGAUAUGUCGGGUAUGACAAGGAGAAAAACGCUUUAAAGGUGUUAUGCUCUGAUUUUCGGUUCAUUGUAGUAGAAAAAGUUGGAGUGGUAGGCAAAAAAUUGAUGUCUUCCCAAGACUUCAAUAAUGGUUAUGUUAAAAAAGAACCUCCUGAUUGUAGAUACUUUACAUAAUAUAGUAAAUUAAAAUAAAAUGUUUUUUAUAUGUUACUAUUCAAGCUGCGAUCGAACCGCUGUAGAGAAAUAAACGACCGCUAAAAUAGCCGGUCGUUUUAUACGAUUUAAAAAAGAAACAAAUAUAAGUUAAUAUGUUGCAAGGAGUUGGUUUUUUGAGGGGGGAAUCAAAGAACAAAAUCGUUCAAGUACAUUUAUGGUUCAACAAAUAAUACUUAAUACACCCUUGGAUUUUGAGUGUAAAAAAUACUAUCCAAAACUAGCUUUGCCUAAGUUACAAUAUUUGCAGAACACAUUUUUUGUACUUCUUAUUUGUGACUAUUUUUUCUAUAAUAUUGACACCUAUUGGAAGAAAAUAAUUAGCUGUUUGAUUUAUUCACUGUUACUGCUUGACCCUGGAAAAAUACAAUUAUGUAAUAAUUACUUUCCUAAUUGAAUUAUUGAGGUGUUAGUACAAUGAAACGGAUGAUGUUU